UGCCCCCGCCCCGCCCCGCCCCUCCCCGGCCCCCGCUCCAGCUCCCGCUCUGUGCCGCGCUGCGGAGCCAAGCUGGGGCCGCCUGGCUGUGGCGAUCAUGGAGGUGGAGGAGGCGUUCCAGGCGGUGGGGGAGAUGGGCAUCUACCAGAUGUACCUGUGCUUCCUGCUGGCCGUGCUGCUGCAGCUCUACGUGGCCACGGAGGCCAUCCUCAUCGCCCUGGUGGGGGCCACGCCUUCCUACCACUGGGACCUGGCGGAGCUCCUGCCCAAUCAGAGCCACGGCAACCGGUCGGCGGCUGAUGACCGCGCCCUGGGGGCGUGGCUGCUGACCGCCAACCGCAGCGAGGUCCGGAAGCACGUGCAGUUCAGCGGCAGCUUCACGUCCAUCGCGUCCGAGUGGUUUUUAAUUGCCAACCGAUCCUACAAAGUCAGUGCAGCAAGCUCUUUCUUCUUCAGUGGGGUGUUUGUGGGAGUCAUCUCUUUCGGUCAGCUGUCCGAUCGCUUCGGAAGGAAAAAAGUCUAUCUCACAGGUUUUGCUCUUGACAUCUUAUUUGCUAUUGCCAAUGGGUUUUCCCCCUCCUACGAGUUCUUUGCAAUAACCCGCUUCCUGGUGGGUGUGAUGAACGGAGGCAUGUCCCUGGUGGCCUUUGUCCUGCUGAACGAAUGUGUGGGCACUGCCUACUGGGCACUCGCAGGAUCCAUCGGUGGCCUGUUCUUCGCGGUUGGCAUCGCCCAGUAUGCCCUGUUGGGAUACUUCAUCCGCUCCUGGAGGACCCUUGCCGUGCUGGUUAACCUGCAGGGAACGGUGGUCUUUCUUCUGUCUUUAUUCAUUCCUGAAUCACCUCGUUGGUUAUACUCCCAGGGUCGGCUGAGUGAGGCCGAAGCGGCUCUGUACCUCAUUGCCAAGAGGAACCGCAAGGUCAAGUGUACGUUCUCACUAACGCAUCCGGCCAGCAGGAGCUACAGGGAGACUGGAAGUUUCCUGGAUCUCUUCCGUUACCGGAUCCUCAUGGGGCACACGCUGACCCUGAUGUUCAUCUGGUUUGUGUGCAGCUUGGUGUAUUAUGGCCUCACUCUGAGUGCAGGGGAUCUAGGCGGAAAUAUUUAUGCCAACCUGGCCCUGUCUGGCCUCAUAGAGAUCCCUUCUUACCCAAUCUGCAUCUACUUGAUUAACCAAAAGUGGUGUGGCCGGAAGCGGACCCUGGCAGCAUUUCUGUGCCUAGGAGGACUGGCUUGUCUUAUCAUAAUGUUCCUUCCGGAGAAGAAAGGCACAGGCGUGCUUGCAGUGGUGAACAGCCAUUCCCUGGCUCUGCUCGGGAAGCUGACGAUCAGUGCUGCCUUUAACGUGGUGUACAUCUACACGUCUGAGCUGUACCCCACGGCCAUCAGGAACGUUGGGCUCGGAACGUGUUCCAUGUUCUCCCGAGUUGGUGGGAUUCUUGCUCCCUUCGUCCCUUCACUGAAAUAUGUGCAACGGUCCUUACCCUUCAUUGUCUUUGGAGCCACUGGCCUGGCUUCGGGCCUCCUGAGUUUAUUAUUGCCAGAAACCCUUAACAGCCCACUGCUGGAGACGAUUUCUGACCUUCAGGUGUAUUCAUAUCGGAGGCUGGGGGAGGAAGCGCUGUCCUUACAGACCUUGGAUCCCCCACAGUCUGGGGACAAGGAGAACACUUUAGGGAGUGAAAGUGAGGAAGAGGAGGAGUUUUUCGAUGCGGAUGAAGAAACCCAGAUGAUUAAGUGAAGAGGCCCAGACACCCCUGCCCCCCUCACCUCACAAGCAGAUGCUCUCCUUGCCUCUGGUGAAGGCAGGCUCUUCUGGAAACUCCAGAGAGUUUUCAAAAUACAGGCUUGAAGGUCCAUGGAAGGUACUCUGCACGGGCUCAUUGUUCUCAGGCACAAAGGAAGAUGGAGAAGAGAUUGUAGAAGAGAAACAUCACUGUACUGGUGUGGGGUGGGGUGGGGGAACAGUUGUUGACUUGGAUCUGUCCAGAAUUCAGGUUCAGUUCAGCGCCAUGGCUUCCGGCCAGGUAGCUCACAUCCACAUGCUGGAGUGGAAAGCUCAUUUAUUUCUGGAAGUAUAAUUACGUUGCUCAUCCUUCUUCAUGACCUAAAGGCAGACGUGUAAUAUUUCUUCUCACCAUGUUAGUGGGAAAAGAGAAACCAUCCUUAACAUUUCAUCUUAAUACCUUAUUUGACGUCUACUGCUUAUCAUUUGUGCCUCACUCAACAGGAAUCUGCUGAGGCAGAUUGGUGUGAGCAGCUCAUUUUGGUGCCAGAGGAGAAGCACUGAGAGGUGACUGUGUGUGGCCUGAGACCCCUGACUGAUGAGACCUGGGUCCUCAGCUUGGUUCCCAGGCUAACGUUGGCUUGAACUCCCUGUGCCGUUAGUCCCACAGACAAUCCAUUUGGAAAAGCCAGCUGCACUGAAGGGAUUUCCUCCGAGCCAAAGGCGUGGCUGCAGAUGCCCUUUCACUCCCCUUUUGAUGCUCAACUUGGGUCAUUUCUUCAGUUCCCACUUGUGUGUACCUCCAGGAAAAACUCUUCUCAGAUUCUAGUACCAGCAGUAACUUCGGAACCGUGUCAACAAGCGCGGAAGCUUUUUACAGAUGAAGGGCAGUUAAACAGUGACAUGUUAAGGGGCGUCUGGGUGGCUCAGUCGGUUAAACGUCUGACUUUGGCUCAGGUCAUGAUCUCAUGGCCUGUGGAUUCAA